AUGGCUUCGCAACCAAAGAUUAAAGUCCUUCGCCUUGCAUCCGUCCACUACCAGCACCCCAAUCUCGAAUCCGCCACCAAAUUCCUCCUGGACUUUGGGAUGAUCGAGAGGCAACGCGAUGAGUCGCGCAUAUACUUCAGCGGAUACGGACAGGACCAGUACAUCUACGUUGCGGAGCAGUCGCUCACGUCGCGUCGUGCUUUCAUUGGAGCCACGUGGGAGGUCGAGUCAAGGAAGGAUCUGGAAACUGCGGCAGCGCAGCCGAAUGCAACACCGAUUGAGGAAGACCAUGGUCCUGGUGGAGCAAAACGUGUGAGCAUCCAAGACCCAAACGGAUUCCUUGUCUCUUUUAUUCACGGGCAGUCGCGACUUAUGGGGUCUGCCACGAUGGAGACGAAUCGUAUCGUUGGUGACGAGAAGCCGAUUGUGAACCUGGUAGACGAGAAGCCCAGGCGAGGUCACUUCCGGAGCGGGCCUAGUCCUGUCCACAAACUGGGCCAUUAUGGCUACAUGGUUCCUCAUGACAAGUAUGAGACGACCUUCAACUGGUACACCAGUUUGAUCAACUUGGUGCCUACGGACGCAGUGUUCAAUCCGGAGACCGGCAAGGACGUGACUUGCUUCAUGCACAUCGAUCUCGGACCAAUCUACACCGAUCAUCAUAGCUUCUUUCUAGGCGUCAGUCCAAAUGGAAAACCAGCAUUCGUGCACCACUCCAGCUAUGAAGUCAAUGACACGGAUACGCAAGCUCUUGGCCAUAAAUGGCUAUACGAGAAGGGGUAUACAAAUUGUUGGGGUAUAGGAAGACAUGUCCUCGGUAGUCAAGUCUUCGACUACUGGUUCGACACGACAGGCAAUAUCGUGGAGCAUUACGCCGACGGAGAUCUGGUCAAUCAAGAUACAGCUUUUACUCGCUCACCAGAGGGCCCGGACUCUCUCUACAUCUGGGGUCCUCCACUUCCACUCGGCUUCGUCACGGGAAAGGCUGAGGAUGCUGGCAAAGAUGCUGCCGCAGCUUUGGGAUUGUUGGUGAGCUGA